CUAAAUCAACGGCCACUGAUCAAACACUCAUCUUUAUGUGUUUGUCCUCAGAUUAUUAAUGAAUCCCCAGCAGGCGUGCACAAGAAAGACUUCUAUUGAGUUUUCUGAAUGACUUAAUUGGCUUCAUUCAGUCCGGCAGCCACGUUUCAUGAUUGCUUUGCAUUUCCUCUUGACUCACUGAGGAAGGAAGGAUGAACUUGUACCUCCCACUAACCUAAACUCCCACUUCAUAACAUCUGCCCCACUGAUAACAAGUUCAAGAAGCUGUGGCAAGUUUCAUCUGUUAAAAAAUACAUGAAGUACAUUUUCAUUUAGAUUUCUGCGCUGAAAAUAAAUAUCCGAAGUCCUGCUUGCUCCCAUCUGUACGAGACAGACUCCAGCCCCUAAAUCUGAUGCAAAUAUGACGAUCGAGUACCGUGACUCCACAGUGACACACAUGGACCUGGAUGAAUGUAAAAUCAGCUAUCAACAACUGUCCCUCACAGAUGGCAGCAAACUUCGUCAAUCAGUUCACGCGUUGAGAAACAACCCCUUCAAGGUUGCCACAGUUAGCCUCGGCCUGCUGUGUGCUCUCCUGAUAGCUGGGGUCAUCGGUCAACAUUUCCACAACAAAAAUGUGGAGCAAGACUUUCAGAAAAACGCAACAGCCCUGAGCACAGACAAAAGGAGCCUGCAAGAAAACCUGAAGACGACGCAGAAAGAGAAACGGGAUCUGGAAUCCAGCCGUAAACAGCUACAGGAGCGUUACGACUACCUGUCUAAAACGAAAGACCAAAUAGAUAUCAAUAACGAUUUGCUGAGUCAGGAGGUAAACCAACUCAAAGUUACCCAAAGCAGCUUACAGGACACCAAUACUGAUUUGAAAAGGGAGUCGGAUCAGCUAAAAGUCAAUAGGACCCAGCUGCAGAGAGACAGAGACUCCUUGACAGCAGCCCAGAGCAACCUACAAACACAAUAUGACACUGUCAUGAAACGCAAAAAAGAGUUACAGACUAGUUAUGACUCUGUGAGCAAUGACAGAAACAAUCUGCAGAACAGAUUCAACAACGUAACGAGACAGAGAGAGCAGCUGCAGCUGAGUUACAACAACCUAAUCAAGAAGGUUGAACAUCUACAAGACGGGCACAACCUCUCAGCCAUCGAGAAAGACAAGCUCGCAAAGGGUCACCAAAACCUGACCAUCGAGCUGGACGCUCUGAAGAGCACGUAUGACAUGGUUAAAACAGCACAAGACACGCUGCAGGUUUCUUACGCCACGGUCGUCCAGGAAAAAAAUGAGCUUCAGAACAGGUUCAGGGACGUAGCAGCAGAGAGGGACCGACUGAAAAUAGAAACCCAAAAUAUGACUGCUGAGAGAGACCAGCUGCUGGAAAAGAUUGACAAGCUGAACGCAACGAUUCAAGAGAAGAAAUGCAAGAUUGGAUGGCAGAAGUUUGAAUUCAGCUGCUACUACGCUUCUCAAACAAAGAAGACCUGGAAUAUGAGCAGAGACUACUGUAAAUCCAAUGGAGCAGACCUGGCGAUCAUAAACAGUAAAGAGGAAAUGACCUUCGUCAACAGUUUGUACAGCAGUGACAAAGAGGUCUGGAUUGGACUGAGUGAUGGAGGAUCAGAAGGACAGUGGAGAUGGGUGGAUGGGACGCCAAUGACCCUAACGUUCUGGGCUAAAGGCCAGCCCAACAGCCACCAAGGGAGGAACCAAGACUGUGUGGAGUUCUGGCACCGUGCAACAGGGAACGGAGACUGGAACGAUGAGAGCUGCACCGUUGAACAGAACUGGAUCUGCGAGGUGUAACCAUUUACCCUUUACAAAAGGUCCAAAGUUUGCGAUAUCAGUGUGUUGUUACGGUGAAGCGUUCAUACCGGCUCCACCUUCAGGGUGAUAACUCUACACUGGUCAAACUGAGAUCUCCUCGUUUGUGAUGAGUUAUGUUUUAUGAAUUUAAAUUAGCUGAUGAUGCGAGAGAUAGCUUUUUUUUUAAAGAACAUUGUGUGAAAAUGCGAAAAUGAACGUUCAAAAGAGAUCAAAGUUUCCAUAAUUGUUUGUUUAUAAUGUACAAUUAUGUCUUUGAUGAUUACUCAGAAUGUGUCCAUGUAUCAGAUUAUGAUGAUUCGUGUAUAAAACAUCCAUUUUCUAUAUUUUGCAUAUAUACCUUAUACAGUUAUAGUAGUUUGAUUAGUUACAAUUAUUCUGUGCAUGUUUGUCUCAGUUACUCUCGCUGUGAACAGAUGAAUAUUAACACACGUUUACUUGAUUCAAAUGGUACAAACUAUGAAAUUAAACACAUUAAUAACUA